GCCCGACUCGGGCUGAGGCCUUGGCAGUGCCGCCCCUCCCCCGACCGGACUCGGCGUCCGCCCGGCGCUCUAGGCCGCUCGCCGCACCCUGCCCCGCAGCCGGGACUGCGGCCUCGGCGAGCCUGUCCUCCGGCCUGUGGGCGCCAGAGCCCGCCCGGGACUGCGCAGCGCCCCCCGCGUGCCGAAGACAUGGGGAAGUCUCUCUCUCAUCUGCCUUUGCAUUCAAAUAAAGAGGAUGCUUACGAUGGCCUCACAUCAGCUGAGAACAUGAGGAACGGACUGGUUAGCAACGAAGUCCACAGUGACGACGGGAGGAACGGGGAUGUCUCCCAGUUUCCCUACGUGGAGUUUACGGGGAGAGACAGUGUCACAUGUCCCACGUGCCAAGGAACGGGGAGAAUCCCCAGGGGACAAGAAAACCAACUGGUGGCAUUGAUUCCAUAUAGUGAUCAGAGAUUGAGGCCAAGAAGAACAAAACUCUAUGUGAUGGCUUCUGUGUUUGUCUGUCUGCUCCUUUCCGGACUGGCUGUGUUUUUCCUAUUCCCUCGCUCUAUCGACGUGAAAUAUAUUGGCGUAAAAUCAGCAUAUGUCAGUUAUGAUGUUCAAAAGCGCACGAUAUAUUUAAAUAUCACAAACACACUAAACAUAACAAACAAUAACUAUUAUUCUGUUGAAGUGGAAAACAUCACUGCUCAAGUUCAGUUUUCAAAAACAGUUAUUGGAAAGGCACGCGUAAAUAACAUAACCAAUAUCGGUCCACUUGAUAUGAAACAAAUUGAUUACACAGUGCCUACUGUUAUAGCAGAGGAAAUGAGUUAUAUGUAUGAUUUCUGCACACUGUUAUCCAUCAAAGUGCAUAAUAUAGUCCUCAUGAUGCAAGUUACCGUGACAACAGCAUACUUCGGCCAUUCAGAACAGAUAUCCCAGGAGAGGUACCAGUAUGUUGACUGUGGAAGGAACACAACGUACCAGCUGGGGCAGUCUGAGUAUCUAAACGUACUUCAGCCACAACAGUAAAAACGGAAGGAGAUGCAUCCGCAGGAAGAAAUCUUGCUACUAUUUUCUGAACCCUCAUAGAGGAGGUACUUCCUAUUAGGAGAUCUUAAACAUUGAACAAGCCUGAAGUUUAUACUUAUGUUAGGAAUGCAGUUGAAAGGAUGUACGCUUGCAUUACUGCGCCUCUCCAGUGUGUUAACGGUGUAUUCAUACUGGGACCUUUUACUUGGGGGCAAAUUUACUGGUUGGUAUUCUCUGAAUCCGCAAAGGGGGAAAAAACUAAUAAAUCCCUUGUUAUACAGUAAGUAAUUAUUUAAAAAUCAGAGUUAAUACAUAGCUCUACUGAAAGCAGUUGUGGUGGUGAACAUUAUUUGGGAAAUUUAAUUUUCUGAGUUUUUAUACAAGAAUCCUGAGAACCUACUAUUCAUAGAAAGAACAGCCCUUUUUUGUUUGUUUUAUAAAUGAAUUCCAUUGUUAUGUGGUAUUAUUUCAACUACAUGAUAUUUUAGCUUUUAGCUAAAUGUUUUUAGCUUUUAAUUUGUUGAACUUAUUUGCAUGUUUCUGUCAGUCCUUAUGAUAGUGAUUAUAUAAUAGUUACCUUUGCAAAAUUCUGUACCUAAAAUUUUACAACAACCUCUAAAUGUGUUUUUCAUAUCUUUACACAUAUUAUAGUUUUGUGAGGUCAUCAUGUGAUUUUCAAACACAGUCAUUUAAUGUACAGUACUGUAAAUAAACUGCAUGGCUUUUGUACAGCAUUAAUAGAUGUCAAAUAAAGUCACAGAGAUUCAAAGUUAA